GCGCUACAAUGUCCGAAGAAUUUUCAGUGCAGGAUAAGAUUGUUGUCGUUACCGGCGGAGGGUCCGGAAUCGGACUAGCUGCCGCCCAGUUAGCUACCUCCAAAGGCGCCAAAACCAUCAUUGCAGACCUUAAACUCACUCCCGGGGCCGAAUCUUUUGUCAACCGCACCGAAACUGUCAUAUUCCAGCCUUGUGAUGUUCGCAACUGGGCCGACCUCGAAGCGUUGAUCGCUCUGUCGCAGGACAAAUGGGGCGAUGUGCCUGACGUGUACAUUCCCGCAGCUGGCGUCUUCGACCCGACAUGGUCCAACUUCUGGGACGACACGGAGCAGAAUGGGUACGCUGCGCUUGAGAUCAACGUCAACCACCCUAUCAAGCUCACUCGCAUCGCGAUCCGCGAACUACUUCGAAAAAACAAGAAGGGUGUCGUAUGUUGCGUUUCUUCACUGGCGGGCAUCGCUGCUGCGCCCGCUGCCCCUCUGUAUACCGCUGCCAAGCAUGCGAUCUGGGGGUUUGUGAAGGCGAUGGCGCCAUAUGAGGCAAUGGAAGGAGUCAAGGUUACGGCAGUUUGUCCUGGGGCCGUGCGGACGCCACUGUUCACCGACCGCCCCGCAACAAUGGAGCAGUACUCCCUCGAGGGAGGAGAGUUGCUCAGCCCUGAAUAUGUUGCCGAGUGUAUGUUUGGGCUGAUCGAGAAGGGCGAGUACGAAGGAGGUGCGGUGCUGGAGGUCUGGAAGGCCGGACCCCAGGGACAGCGCGUGGUGCCGGAGUGGAACAUUUCGCCCAGCCCAUAUUUCGACGCGCAUACGCCGGAAGUGAGGCAGAAGAUCUUCGCUCCGGUGCGAGAGACACUAGCGAGGGAGAGAAACGUUUGAGUAUUGAUACACUUUAGCGUAUCCUCGAGCUCGUCAAACUGCUUCC